UAUGGAAUUUAUUGUUCUGUGUCAGCAUAAUCUGUCAUCACUACGUGACGAUUGUAGCUCUUUGGAUAAUGCAAUACGUUUUGGAAAAGAUCAAACACCCACACACACUCCCUUGGAUUUUUAGCGCACCACACACACUCACAGCCUCGAGAUGAACCGCUCGAGAUGAGCCACACACACACACAAACGAACACACACAAACGCACACACGCACUGAAGAGGGGGCGUCACAUUUACUGUUGAGAAAAAUCACCGCUGUAACGCACAUCUGCCAGGAAUGUAGCAAAAAAUGCCCAGAAGCCCAAGAAAUAGCAUGUUGGUCAGUGUGUAAGUCGACUCGCCAUUUGAUCAAUGGAAAGCAACAAAUCAAGAAGACCCAGGACUUCACAUCUCAGAGUCUCUUCAACACUGUCUCCUAAGAUCUAACAGGCUGGACUGAUAUAUCCAUUUAAAGAAUGUUGCCUAUGUUUUCUCUUUGAAGAGUCUCAUUGUACCUCUUUACAUCAAGAUGAAAUAAUGAAGAGCUAGUGUAUUAAGUACCACUGUUCAGUCCUUCCGGUGUAUCCUUCAUCCAUGGAAGAAUCAUGGGUUGUGGAGGCUCUAGGACAGAUGCUUUGGAACCACGGUACCUGGAAAGCUGGACUAAAGAGACAGAAUCUACUUGGCUGACCAGCACAGAUACAGACAUCCCAUUAUCUUCAAUCCACAGCAUCCCCUCAGAGACCUCCUCUGAGGUUGCUUUUACAUCAGAGAAAACCACCAACUCUGAUAUAUUUGACGAUGGCCUGCCAGCUCCUGCUCAGGCGUACCUGAAGGUGUGUUCUGCCAUGUCUGACUCUACUCAUAAUGAUGUGAAAAGUGGUGGUCCUCAUGCUAUACUGGCCUCUCAAGAACAGGAGGGGGUGCCCUCCUCACCAGGCACCACAGUCCAGAGGAGAAGUGUUGUUUGCACUGAAGAGAUUUGGCAAGACAACAGGAUGUCCACUAAGCAGGUAACCAUCACUGUAACCCAGAGCAUUCGUCAAGUGGACAAGAGUGGAAAGAUCAAAGAAAAAUCCCACACUACUUUUGAGAUCAUGAAACCUCAGGAUUGUUUGAAGGAAGCAGAAGCAGACUCUCUUUUGAAGUGAGACUGAUAUAAGGAGACUUAUGGAUCGUCAGUCUUGUAAAAACUGUGAUGAACAGAAGGCAGCAUGGAAUCUAAAGGGAGGUCUGAUUUUUGACAGAAGCACAGGUCUGUAAAUGUGGUCUCAAUCAAACAGGCUUUAUUAGACUAUGUAGUUUUGUGUGAAAGUCACAUUUUGUUCAUUUAUGCCAAAUGCUCGCUUUUACUGAUCAUUCUCCAGUGCCAUGUCUUUAUUAUAAUCGGGGCAACAGAGUUAUUUGAAGAAGAGAAAAAAAAACAGGGUAGAUUUAUGACAAUAAAAGUAAACACCAGAAGGCCUCUUAAGUUAUUUAUAUAAAAAUAUAAACAAAAACACAUGGUUAGAUCUGUUUUAUGUGGGCAGCACACCAAUUGUAUGUAUUUUUCCUGUUAAUCAAGAGUGCCUUUUUGAAGGUUGGUUGAAUAAUUCACUUUUACUAUUUUGAUAAAUGGGAUUUUAUUGGGGAGCAUUUAACAAAUUAAUAUAAUAACUAGGCAGCACAGUGGUGCAGUGGGUAUCAUUGCUGCCUCACAGCUCUAUGGUUCAAUCCUGAACCUGGGCAAAGUUUCUCAUGUUUACACCAUUUUUACAAGGGUGUGCUCUGCAUUUCCUGGUUUCCACCAUGCACCAAGUGUUACCAGGAUUAGCUCUGGAUCCACCGUGAUCCUGACUGGGAUAAAGCAGUUACUGAAGAUGAAUGACUAAAUGAAUGAAUGUAAUACCCAAAAUAAUAAGUUAAUUGCCUUUGGUUUGACAUGGAGUGUCAGAACAUGCUAAGCUAUAGUCAUAUGAAAAAUAAGUACACAACAUUUAAACUGAUUUUUUGUUUUUUUGCAUAUUUGGACAAGCAAACAAUAAUUUUCACAACUUAAAUUAACAACAAAAAAAAGAAAACAGAUUAGAAAAAGUCACAUGGAAAAAGUAAGUAACAUUUAUCACACCUUCAAAUCCAUAAAAUUAGAAUCAGGUGUUUUUUUUUUUUGUUGUUGUUGUUUUUGGUGCCAGUGAUUAGAAUCUGCUUAGCGAGUGCAGGAGUUAUUUCAAACUCUCACAUCUAGUGUCUGUUGUUCCCUUUGCUAUUGAGGUGUAUGGAGUCAUCAUGCCCAAAUCUAAAGAGUUCUGUAAGGCCUUCAGAAAAAAGGUUGUGGAUGCCUAUGAGUCUGGGAAGGGAUUUAAAAAGAUCUCCAAAUGAUUUGAAAUACAUCAUUCCACUGUAAGGAAAAUCAUCUACAAAUGCCGCAGAUUUCCAACGACUGUCAAUUUAUCCAGGACUGUUGGCCAUCCCAGCAAAUUCAGCCCAAGAGCAGACAGUCUCAUACAAAAAAAGUCUCCAAGAACCCCAAAAUUUCAUCACAGGAUCUGUUAGUACAUCUUACAACUCUUGGUGUCAAAGUGCAUGCUUCUACAAUCAGAAAGAGAUUGCACAAUUUUGACCUGCAUGGGAGGCGUGCCAGGAAAAAGCCUUUGCAAGACAACAGUUUGCCAAUGAGAAUACAGACAAAGACCAGGCCUUUUGGAAUAAUGUGCUCGGGACAGAUGAAUCAAAGAUAGACAUGUUUGGCGUAGACCAAAGACAGCUGUGAAGCACGGUGGUGGAAAUGUUAUGUUAUGGUUUGGGGUUGCUUUGCUGCCUCAGGGACUGGACAACUUGCAUUCAACUAUGAAUUCACAAAUUCUUUCAACAGGAUAAUGAUCCUAAGCACACUAGUGAAUCAAGAAACGGCUCAAAAUGAAGAAAUGGAGGG